AGCAAAAGCAAAAUGAACAGAGAGGUUUCUUGCGAGUUGGUGGGAGGUAGUAAUCAGUCAGGUGUUUGGGAUACUUUGAAAUCAAGAUACCUUUGCGCUCAUGAGCCACUGUCUGCUGCUGCAACUGCUACACCGGAUGAUCGAAGAUAUUUGACAUCUCUUUGGAUUCUGGGCAACAGAGAAGUGGAUGGACCAGAAUCCCCUCUACCCCCUAGCUUUUCUAAUCUGAUGGUCGAUCAAAAUAUCUUUGACACACACAUGAUUAAGGAAAAAAUCGCAUCUGUUCUCAAGGAUUUAAAAUUCCGUGAGCAGCACGUGCUAGUUCAGUUUUGGUCCCCUGUUCCUGUCCGGAAGCGGUGGUUGCAAACGACCUGGGACCAACCUUUUGGUCUUGGUUUGGCUGAUGAAGAGCUGUACUCAUAUAGAAAAAAGUCUGAACUGCGUCCAAUUGUUGCGGAUUUGGAACACAGAGAGAAAUUAGGUUCACCAGGUCGUGUGUAUAUCCAUAAGUUGCCAGAGUGGAGUUUGGAUGUACAUACAAGCUACAAUAUCCAUGGGUAUAUUAAUUUGCCUGUAUUUGAAUCUAGCAGUGAUAGUUGUGUAGGCGUACUUGAAAUCAUAACAUCAUCGAGUUAUGUUGAUUUUGCGUUUGAGGUUGAAGAGGUCUCGAGAGCACUGAAGACACAGAAUCUGAAGUCUCCAAAGGUGUUUGAGGAUCCAAGCGUUAGUAUUGCAGAUGAAAGAAGGCAACGUGAACGGGAUGAAAUCUACAAGGCUUUAAUAACGGUUUGUGAUACACAUAAUUUACCUCUAGCUCAGACAUGGGCUCCUUCUGGAUACAGUAGUUAUGUGGCUAAAUCAGAAAAUCUAGAGCAGAGUUGUAGCAGCUUCAACAGAAGCUGUAUAGGGAAAGUCUGCAUGUCAACAGUUGAUCUACCAUUCUACGUUCGAGACGUUAACUUGUGGGAAUUCCAUGAAGCCUGCAGAGAGAGACACCUAGACAAAUCUAAAGGAGUUGUUGGGAGAUCAUUGUCAUCCUGUGGUACAUGCUUCUGUGAAGAUGUAACAGAACUCGAUGAAGACGAUUACCCUUUGGUUCACAUUGCACGCAAGAGUGAGUUAACUAGUUGUUUAGCUAUCUAUCUCAAGAGUCUUGAAUCAGAUGCUGAACAUGUUAUAGAGUUCUUUUUACCAGAAUAUAUCGCAAACAAAACAGGCCUGAGAAGGUUGUUAGAAACAGUUAAGCAGCAGAUCAAAAGCUCUUCUCGGAUGCAAUUAGAUAUUAUAUCACCUCCCCAAGUUAUUGGAGGAGUCCCCUUUAAGUGGGACUUCGCGUCUCCACCUUCUCCUGUAAACUUAUUGACUGAAAAAGGGGAGGCACCGCCACCUGAAUCAGAAAAUAUCGAAAAUGAGCUAUCUAACUCUGCUGCAGCAGGAACAAGCCAGAGUGUUGUUCCUUAUUCGGAGAGCAAGAUUGAAGAUUUUAGUAUUGAUCCAGGAAAAACAAGUAGAAAAAGGAAGAGAUCGGAUAGAAUGGUUAGUUAUGACGAAAUAAAGAAACAUUUUGGGAAGACAAUAGACGAAGCUGCAUCUAUCCUUAAAGUUAGCAGAUCUACUUUGAAGCGCAUUUGCAGGAAUCUUGGUAUACCAAGGUGGCCAUACAAGAACGGCCCUGAUAAGAGUGAUGCUGAUACCUUUAUGAAGUCAGAUCAAACAGUAGCCGUCUUUACAUCUGAAGGAGCGCCUACCUCAGUUUUUGUUGCUUCCAAUGAACCAAUUGGUGAUCCUAAUAUUCUUGAGCGGGUGAAGUGGUGGGACUGA